CACCGAGUCGCCUGAGAGUCGCAUCUGUUCCUCGUCUGGUCGUCUUUCGGUAUGAGCCAGCAGCCGAGCUUGCCUUCUGUACUGCCCUCUGCGCCUGCGCUUCAGGAUGUCACGACAACACCUGCGCAACUGGAGACUGGCGUCGCUCGAGUAACGAACCCUAACGAGACACCUAUAUACAUCUGUGCGCUCGAUAAGUGCAAUAGACUGUUUCCUAACCGUGAUCGUCUCAUGGCCCACCGGAAACGCGACCAUGACAGUGAAGAAACGGCCGAUAUCAUCACCUGGAAUGAAUAAAGUUUGGUGACCGCGGUGCAUCGAUGCGGCGAAGGUCUCGUGCAGUCCCCCAUGUGUUUCGGUGAAUCCCGCAUUCGAGCCUCCCGGACUGCUCGUGUCGGGCUCGUGUCUAGUCAGUCUCAGGCACGAGAAGCAUAGACGGGUCUGCUGUUCGCGAGGGAACGAGCUCAACAUUGGAUGGUGCUAUCCCAACACUAAACGCCUCUUCCCCGCGUACGGGGUUUCCGAAGCUCGGACGUCGCCCACGCAGACAACGCCGUAUCCCCCAGGGGUAUCUU